CGCAAUGUUUAGCCAGAGAGUCCCACGAAACACUUUCAUAAUAUCUUUUGGGUUUUUCUUCAUGUACAGUGCUUUUGAUUCAAUGGCAGACAUUGAAGAAAGUAUUAUUGAGGGUUUCAAAGCGGAUGGCAAUUCUUUUUCCGGAUCUGGUUAUUAUGUUUUGUCUGUCUUCAAUGUUUCGUUUGCAGUUUGUGCUUUUUUCACGCCAAUUUUGAUGGAGAUGCUCGGUUUCAAACCUGGACUGUUUUUAUGUUCAGUGGUCUUUACAUUGUUCAUGGCCGCACAUAUUUACCCUGUAACGAUUGUGGUGUACAGCUCGGCGGUUCUGAUUGGUUUAUGUACCAGUUUGUUGUGGUCGACAGGCUUCGCUCUUCUAUCAAUCUCAUGUUUGCAGGAACACAUAGCGUUAAACGCAACAAUUUUCUACCUAACUGCUCAACUGAGCUAUGCCCUAGGCAGUCUGUAUAUCUUUGUGGUGCUCUUCCUGGAUCCUUCAUCGGCUGACCAUGUUUCAAAUAAAAGUCGCAUUAUAUCAGUUUCAGGUUUCACCCUGUUCUCAACAGUUGGUCUAAUCACUUUUCAAUUAGCAUCAGUACCACAGAAUAUAACAUCAGGUCGUCGAUCUUAUGACUUAGCUGGCUUUAAGCAACUAUUGCUUCGUUCUUUUAAAACUGGAUUUGCUUUGGGAAAAGAUAUAAAUUUCACAUGUAUUUGCGUAAUAUUUCUAUUCACCGGACUAAGUCAGAGCUUUAUGACUGGAGUUUAUAACACAAGUAUUGCACACACUCUGGCUUUUAAUGGCAAUAAAGUUGACUCUAAAGCCAUGGUGGGUCUUUCUGGCGUUGCUCUAGGAUGCGGAGAAGUUUUAUCUGGACUGUUUAAAGUGUUUCUUUUAUCAAAUAGCUCCAAUAUCUCCCGUAGAAUGCGACUAUGCGUGGCUGCGUUUAUUACUUUCAAUGUUUCGCAUUUGUUAAUUUUAUUGAAUCUUCCCGAUGAAACUCCCUAUCAAGAUUCAUACGGAGAAGGGUAUAUUGCUUCUUCGCCAAACCCUUAUAUAGCGGUCAUAUGUUCUUUUCUAAUUGGUCUGGCUGACUUUGUAUAUCAGUCAGAAUUGUUUGCAACUAUUGGUGAAAUCGGAGGCUCAAACGAGGCGAUCACUGGAACGGCUACCGUGUUUUAUAGUUUUCUUCAGGGUAUAGGUGGCAUGUCUGCUUUUCUGUAUGCCGGAUCCACUGGACUGCUUUUCCAAAUCUCAAUCUUAGCAGCUCUGAAUUUCGUUAGUGUUUUAAUAUUUCUCUUCAGGGACAAGUCAAGUCAGUACCCAGAUCAAGGUUCAACUUCUCAAUUGCUCAGUGAAUCUGAAAGUGAGCAGGAAUAAAUUAAAAACGCCAAAAAUUUCAAUUUCAAAAGCUAUCAUGGUGCUAUAUUAAAACUUUUAAAUGUCAAUGAACGUAAUGAAGACUUCUAUAG